AUGGCCCCGCUUCUGCUCAAAGUCAAAGGAAACAAAUCCUUCAGCCCCUUUUCCAAUCUCAACGAUGAAGAAUCGCUUACACGUACCUGGAGGGUGUGCACCAAGGUCGCCGCACACCUCGAACAGGGCCAGCGUCUCGAAAACCUCAGCUGGAGGUUGUGGUAUCUCCAUGAUCUCAUGGUCGAAAACGACGACCUCAAGAGCCGACGCGACUUUAAAAAACUCUCCAAGAGCACCGGCGAGAAGCUCGACCGCGACAAAGGUCGCGCCAUCGCCGAGCUCACCGCUCCCCCCUUUCGCAAGACCGACUCGGGCGAGGCGCUGCGUAAAAAGGCCGUCGAGCGUCAAAAGCUGCGUGCUCUCGCCGUAGCCAAACUCCAAGCCAAGUUUCGCAGCAGUCCAGCCAACAAGCAAACCAUGAAAGACAUGCAGUACACCUUUGCGCUCGAUCCCAGCGUCAACUUCAAGCAGACCACUGUCGGCAACAAGGACGCUUCCAAAGACUACGCUCACGCUCAACGUCAGAACGGCCCGGUAGGCACCACCAACAAGUUCCCGCUCAUUCUCUCACCUCAGAGCUCCACCAACCACACACGCAGUAGUGAUGCCAUCGACUCCACCUCUGACAUCAGCAUCGUCGACACGCACGCCACUUUUGAUCAAAUCAUGGCCAGUGCCGGCCUCGAAAGUGACCUCCCAAACCUUUCCGGCGGAUACAAGCUCGAAGACAUUGAAGCCACGGAGCGUGAUCUGUUGCUCAACCAUCACAUCGAUCUCAACGCUCCUCUGGACAGCUUGCUCGCCGGCCUCGGUAGCAUGGAGGAUGUACAGAUGGACCUUGCCGACCUCGGCUUGCCUGUGGGUGACUUGCCCAACUUUAAAGCUCCCUUCGACCAGAACCUGACCGACGCCAAGCCGCCGCAGAACCCUUUGGCCCUCUCAACCACCUCGUCAGGUCUUAACCGACUGUCGACAGGCCCCGCCAAAUUGAAGCAAAUCAGGAGGAAAAAGACCGACCCGCAACCCCAAAAGGUGGCUUCGGAACUAGCCAGGAAGAUGGCCGACGAGCUCCGAACCUUCCGUAAAUUGGCAGAGCAGACACAGCGUACCCACAUCCAGAACACCUCCCGGCCCGAAUCCAAAGAACCUUCCCCCGAUGGCAGCGUUGGCAGCAACUGGAGCGCAAACCUCGCCCACGCCGCUGGACACGACGCCGAAGUACAGCAGCCCGAAUGGCUCAAUUCGACUCCAUCGCUCUCUGGCGCCUCUCUACGCUUGCCCGAAGGCGCCCACUUGCCAAUGUCCAGCAGCUACGAGAGCACUGCAAACGCUUCCCGCGACCACCAUCUCGAAAUCGACACGUCCAUCUCGACCACAAACGCUGGAGUCAUGCAGCCGCCCAUGUUUGGUACACGCGGCAACUCGGUAUCGGUGCCCUCCACUCCAUUGCUGGCCCCCGAAGCCGGACCCUUCCAGGGUGCUGAUCGUCCUGUCGAUUCGCUCUCGGCUCCCUCUUCGCCCACCUUGCGCCCAACGCUGGCCAACAUCGGACGCUCUGGCUCCAGUCCCGGUCCUUGCACCGCCGCCAGCACGUCCAAAGCAGCCAUCAAACGAAAUUCGACCGACAGCUCCGUUUCGUGUUCGGAUGGCAUGUCCAAGAACAAGGGCCGUGGUCGCCGCAGCAUCGCCGGCUCAAUUGCUUUCACAGCCAUCAACCCAGACCUCAACAACAAGAAGAUCGAGGGUCUCCCACCUGGAGGCAGUACGCCUAGUGCCUCGUUUGCCUCUGGAAGCGCGCAUCCCACGCAGGCUCAAUGCACCAAUUGUGGAGCUACCUCCACACCGCUAUGGCGUCGUGAUCCCAACGACCUGCUGCUGUGCAACGCGUGUGGUCUUUACCUCAAGCUGCACAAGACGCCUCGACCCAGGAGUCUCAAGAGCCACCAUAGCCACUCGCACUCGGGUCACAUUACGCCAUCCGCCACUCCAGGCGGCGCCUCUGCGCCCGGAUCGAGGGCCGGUUCGCCCUCACGCUCUGGCUCGCCAAGUGGCGAGGACAUGACAUCGUGCUUCAAUUGCGGAACCUACACGACGCCCUUGUGGAGGAAGGAUGAUGCUGGUCACACGGUCUGCAAUGCGUGUGGCCUGUAUCUCAAAUUGCACAACGAGCACCGACCGGUCACCAUGCGAGCCGAUGUGAUCAAGAAGCGAUCGAGGUACGACGAGAAGCGAGGUCGUGCUUCCGCUGCAGGUUCACGACGCACGUCGCCGCAGCCGCAAAGCGCCACGACCACUUCGGAAGGUUCAGCAGCUGCCGCAACGUCGACUUCGUCGAUCACCGAUGAGCCCAUGUCGAUCGACAGGCCAACUAGACCAAAGUCUCAUUCAGUCACGUUCCAGCUGCAACCCGACAUCCACGGUGGUGAGACAAGCGUGGACGUGUCGGCAGCCUCGACAUCGGCACCCGGUUCUGCCUCGUUCCCCGAGCCUGCUUGGCCGUCGCUGGGUGUCGCCGCGGACAACGGCGGUAAUGGCGCUGGAAUGGCCGAUCCAAACAUUGCACACCAGCUCAACGAUGCGUUUACCACGGCUGUCAACCGAUUUUCGACGGGCGUGCCCAUGCAACAAUCCAGUGCUUCUCCCGCUUCAGCAACUGGCUCCGGUACCGCGUCUGAACCGAAUUACGCUUGGACGUCUUGGUCACAACAGCAACAACAGCAGCAACAACAACAACAACAACAACAACAGCAGCAGCAACAGCAGCAACAGCAGCAACAACAACAACAACAACAACAACAACAGCAGCAGCAGCAGCAACCUUCAGGCCCACCGUCCAUGUCUGGCUCAAACAGCACGCGCACGGGAUCCACAGGAUCCACGACUUCAGCCACCUCGCCAUGCAUUUCAGUUGCGCUGCCUAGUCACACGGACAUGCAGACGCUAUCAGCUGCGUUUUCGGCACACCCAGCGUUGGCAUAUGCAGUGCACCAAGCGGCUGAAAAGUUUCCAGCAUUCUUUGCGCAGGAUCCGCUGGGUGCCACUGCCUCGGUAGCCGCAGCAGCGGGCAUUCACAAUCCUUUUAGCUCCGGGUUGGCGCUCAACGAUGCGGCAUCGAGCUCGAGCGCGGACAUUAUCGCGAGCGUCAACACGAGCAAUAGCAGCAGCAACGAUAGCAACGGCGUCAGCGACACUCGCAACCAUGCUCUUGCUGGUAGCCGAGAUGGUGUUGGCUCCACGAUCGAUAUUGCAGGCGGAGUCGGUACACCUAGCAACCUUGGCAACGGUCACGAUAGCGUCAUGCUCGAUUUGGCUGCAACGCCCAAUUCGACAAGCAGGCCAGGUAGCAGUGGCGGAUGCGCCAGGCGCGAUAGCGAAUUCGGUCGAAUGUUGAGCGCAAACCAUUGCGCUUCCAGUGGCUCGAUAUGUGCCAAUGCGAUCAGCACAAUCGAUUUGGGCGAAGCAGGCACACCUCAAGCUGGAAGUUGGUGGUGA